UUUUCAGUUUCAAUAUUGUUUUAAUAGAAGACUCGUAGUUGAAAACAAAAAUGCGCUUUCUAUGGAUUUUUAUUAUUUUCCCUGCAACAUUGGCAACGAAUAUCGAGAUCUUUGAAAAAGAGUUCCUGGAUCUCAGUAAUUUGGAUGAUAAUGUAAUUUUGUGGAAAAAUCUUUUCCUCAAAUUGAACACUGUGUUAAGCAAAACACUUAAAUUGGAAGAAGAUCUUGAGAAUAUUAAAAAGAGGUUGGAUUCUCAGCAUUCAUGGACCACCAUUCUACGCCGUCAGGAUGGUACAGUUAGCUUUAAUCGUAGCUGGAAUGAAUAUGGCAAUGGCUUUGGUGAUCCCAAUGGUGAAUAUUUUAUGGGUCUUCAACGUAUUCAUGAACUAACCACCUACGGCCCGCCUCAGGAACUUAUGAUUAUUCUGAAGGAUUUUGAUGGUCAAACACGUUAUGCAAAAUAUGAUCGUUUUCGCAUAGGCAGUGAAGCAGAGAAAUAUGCCCUACUGGAGUUGGGCCAAUAUAAUGGUGAUGCUGGUGAUGAUUUUUCUAUUCACCGUGGCCAUAAGUUCACCACACCUGAUCAAGAUAACGAUGAUAAUGAGACGCGAAAUAAUGGUGCAGUUUUUCAAGGAGGAUGGUGGUUUUUUGGACUGGGUUAUCAUGGUUAUUUAAAUGGCCCUUACCGCUCACAGGGAAACUCUAAUGGCUUUGGUAUUAGCUGGCAUUCAUUUAGAUUGUGGAAUCAUUCUUUGAAAUUUGCCGAAAUGAGAAUAAGACCUAAGUUGUAGUUUUUGUUAUGAAUUAAUUCUUAUUACAUGGCCGCAGCAAAAAAUUAUACACUAAAAAAACAAUGGCCAAAUUUUAAUGAUUUGUAAAAUCAUAUUUAAGAAGUAACAACGUGUGAAAUCUUGGGAAACCACCACCAUACUAA